UAUAAUAUAUAGUGCAUAUACAGUACAUACUUAGCAUAGUAGCUUAGCUGUUAGGUGUGACAUAGGAUAACAUGGUUAUCAUAUGAUGAUCACUGUUUAAAAUGGUUAAAGUAGUUAAAAAAACAUAUGUCUUCAUCUGUUAAAAUGCAGUAAAAGGCAUUGACAAUUCGUGUUCACGUGGGUAAUUAAAUAUUGUUAAGAAUAAAGUUUUUUUAAAUUCUGUUUUCUAAUUGUCAGCACAGUUCAUUGCUGCUAACAUAAUCAAUAAACAAACCUGACCUUUAAUGUAAUUUAAUUAAUAGAUGAUCUGACAGAAAGAAUGGAAAAUUAUAUCAGGACAAUCCUAACAAAGCAACAUCAAUUACUUUUUUUAAAACAGUAAUGUGCCAUAGUGUUUUAUUUCUAGGUGUUUUUGUGUUUGGCUGGUCAUGUACAGUAAAUGUGCACUCAGUGUCCCCUGUACGUGGUCACAUUGUUUUUCCACAGCAGACAUAAAGCAGAAAACAGCCAGAGGGUCUGAAUAGAGGAUCCUAUUCAGCUUGUAUUAAAAGGAUCUUUGUUGUGUUUGUGCUUAUGUGCAUGUGCGCCAAGCUGUAAAGCUAAAAGAUGAAUGUGACCAUGUGUUUGAUGACGGGAUGAAAGAAAGCAAAAAAAAACAAAAAAAAAAAACAAGCACCACUGUAUCAUCUGAACACAGAGUGAGAUGAGCCAACAGGGAACAGAUGUGAAACAGCUCUCUGAUUGUAACAGAAUUGUGCGCACACAUAGAAAUCACUUCCACUUACAUUGUCUGGACAAUUACACCGUAAGUCUUUCCCCACUCAUUACACCAGCCCUGCUUUUCUCUCCCCCACUUCCGCUCUGCACCGUUGGCUGUGAUUCAUCUCAUGCCAACCUACUUCCUCUCCUCACUUUCCUUUAUUCCUGGCCUUUUCAGUCCCUCCUGUGUUUGCUUUCUCUUUACAUCCCAAUUUCUCUUCCUACUUAAGAGCCACACAGUCGCACAGCGGCCGAGAUCACCCUGGUAACCUGUGGGGGGAGAGUGGCUUAGCUGUUGGCUUGAUCACAGUGAGAUAGGCAGAAUGGGAGACACUACUGUGACUGUGGGUGAGAGAGGCUUAGAGGGAGGAGGAAGGAGGAAAGUAGCUUGUGUAAAGCAGGAUGCUACACUGUGGCAUGUGUGAGAGUUGUAAAGGUGCAGAGGGCAGAUGUCGGGGGUUUUCUGCUCCUCCCAGGACUAGAUAGCUGAGAAUCACCGUCAGAGUCUGGCCGGGCUGUUGGCCCCUCCCUAUGGAGCAAUGGAGAGUGGGUCUAACAAUGACAGGCUCACAGACAAGGACAACAUUCACUCAGACUCUGCAACCAAAGCUCACAACAAGAUCCCCUCAGAGAAACUGCAGAGAGCAGGCAAGGUUGUCCGUAAUGCCAUUCUGUCCAGAGCUCCACACAUGAUCCGAGACAGGAAGUACCACCUCAAAACCUACAGACAGUGCUGCGUUGGUACAGAGUUGGUUGACUGGCUGGUGCUACAGAGUGCAUGUGUACUCACACGGUCCCAUGCUGUCGGGAUGUGGCAGGCACUGGUGGAAGAAGGGGGGCUCAACCAUGUGGACCAGGAGCUGGGUUUCCAGGACAAGUACCUCUUUUAUCGUUUUCUUGAUGAUGAUGAUGAAGACACGCCGUUGCCUAGUGAGGAGGAGAAAAGGGAGAGUGAGGAGGAGCUGCCGGAGACCAUUCUUUUCCUCGCCCAAAUUGGCCCUGAUGCACUGCUGCGAAUGAUCCUCAGGAAACCGCCUGGACAGAGGACAGGUGAUGACCUUGAGAUCAUCUAUGAUGAGCUUCUUCACAUCAAGGCCUUAGCUCAUCUCUCCAACACUGUGAAAAGAGAACUGGCGAGUGUUGUGAUCUUUGAGUCACAUGCAAAAGCUGGAACAGUGUUAUUCAACCAAGGAGAGGAGGGAACUUCCUGGUACAUCAUCCAGAAGGGCUCUGUCAAUGUCGUGAUCUACGGCAAGGGUGUGGUGUGUACUCUGCACGAGGGUGAUGACUUUGGGAAGCUGGCGCUGGUGACAGACUCACCUCGCGCUGCCUCCAUCGUCCUGAGGGAGGACAACUGCCACUUCCUUCGUGUGGACAAGGAAGACUUUAACAGGAUACUAAGGGAUGUGGAGGCCAAUACUGUGAGAUUGAAAGAACAUGAUCAAGCUGUGCUGGUGUUAGAAAAAAGUCCUCGAGCCUCCACCCUGGGAAGUAUUAAGUACACUGUGAUAUCAGGAACACCAGAGAAGAUACUCGAUCAUUUCCUGGAGACUAUGAGAGUCGACAUACAUCACAGUGAACCAGACCCAGCAGUGGAUGAUUUUGUCCUUAUGCACUGUGUCUUCAUGGCCAACAGCCAGUUCUGUCCUUUACUCAUGGCACACUAUCACGCUGUGUCUCCACCUGGCUCUGAACAAGAAAGGUUGGAGUACGCUCUCAACAACAAGAGGCGGGCCCUCAUCCUGGCUCUGCGCUGGGCUAACACACACUCCUACCUGCUGCAGGAGGAGCCUGCUGCCCUCUCUUUCCUGGAGGAGUUGUAUGGAAGUUUAUCAAAUGAUUCCCGGGUGCUGAGAGCUUUGAAAGACUUUGUUCCAGACUUGGAGAAAAUCGUCCAACUACAUUCAGAAGAGGCAAAAGCGACAAAAAAGAAAACCUUAAUAAGACAGUUCAGCAAUGGAGAGGAAAGACUGCAAAAGAAACAACCCAUCAGGAAUCAGGAUGACAUCCUUCUGAAGGUGUACUGCAGUGACCACACAUACACAACCAUCCGCAUUGCUGUGGCAGCAACAGGAAGAGAAGUGAUCAAUUCAGUAGCUGACAAACUUGGCACCAGCGAUGAACUCAUGCUGAUCCACCUCAGCUCAGCUGGUGAAAAACAGAUGCUGAAGCCAAAUGAUGUGUCGGUAUUUUCAUCUUUGAACAUCAACGGGCGACUGUUCGCCUGUUCUAGAGACCAGCUCAACAGCUUGUCUCCACUCCCAGACCAGGAGGGCCCUUCUGCAGGCUCCAUGUCAACGUUUGAGCUGAUGAGUUCCAAGGACCUGGCUUAUCAGAUGACAAUGUUUGACUGGGAGUUGUUCAGCUGCGUACAUGAGCAUGAGCUUCUCUACCACACAUUUGGCCGACAGAGCUUCAGAAGAACCACAGCCAACCUGGACUUGUUCCUGCGCAGAUUCAACCAGGUUCAACUGUGGGUUGUCACUGAAGUCUGCCUCUGUGGGCAGCUCAGCAAGAGAGUGCAGCUCCUAAAGAAGUUCAUUAAAAUAGCUGCCCACUGUCGAGAGUUUAAAAACCUGAAUUCUUUCUUUGCCAUCAUUAUGGGAAUGAGCAACCCUGCUGUCAGCAGACUGAGCCAGACAUGGGAGAAACUCCCAACAAAGUUUAAGAAGUUCUACGCUGAGUUUGAGAGCAUGAUGGAUCCAUCCAGAAACCACCGGUCCUACAGACUUACUGUUACAAAACUGGAGCCCCCAAUUAUCCCCUUCACACCCCUUCUCCUCAAAGACAUGACGUUCACACAUGAAGGCAACAAGACUUUCAUCGACAAUAUGGUCAACUUUGAAAAAAUGCGUAUGAUAGCUAACACUAUUCGACAAGUGAGGCACUGUAGAGGUCAACCUUUCAAUCCUGAUAUAUGUCAGCCGAACAAAAACCAAGCAGAGGUCCGAGGCUAUGUCAGGAAGCUCUGUGUGAUUGACAACCAGAGGGCGCUCACGCAGCUGUCUUACAGGCUGGAGCCUCGACGGACAUGAGCUCCACCCUUUUGCACCACCAUCGCCCUGUCUGUGAUGCUAGCAGUAAAAAAAAAAAAAAAACGAA